AUGGACCUCAUCGAUGCUGCAUCGCUACGAACGAUCCGCUUCAAUUGCAGAUCACAUACAACGGCACGCGAAAUCUCGGAUGACUACUCGACACCAGCGUCCAUCGUAGAGUCGAAGAAAGUAAAGCGGCAACGUACGGUCCAGACGUCCAUUAUCAACGUCCGUCUUGUGGAGCUGAUUCGCGACAUUGACGAGGCCAAUGAAGAGAACGACAAACACUACGGCUUGUUUGUGUGGCCCUCAGCGCUGCUAUUGUGUCAUUUCCUUGCGAGUGAAGCUGGAUGGCUCUGUCGCGAUAAAGUGGUGUUAGAACUGGGUUGUGGCACCGGCCUUCCGUCCAUUCUCGCUGGUUUGUGUGGAGCGCAAAAAGUGUACCUGACAGAUCGACCUGACGCAGCUGACAUUAGGCGGAACGCAGAAGCCAACAUCACUGUCAACAAUAUUCAGAGCUGCGCCGAGUACAUUCCCUUGAGCUGGGGUGACAUGCACGUUUCAGAUGAGAUGCUAUCGAUCUUCCAAACAGUCCACGUCGUCCUCGCUGCCGACUGUUUCUACCGGUCUGAAGAUUUCGAGAAGGUGCUCGCGACCGUGGCCCUGAUCAUCCGCUGCAGUGGAUCAGCCUCGUGCAAGUUCUACUGCACCUACCAACUCCGCAGCAUCAAGCGGUCGAUCGCUCCUCUGCUUGCUCGUUGGGGCUUUACCGCUACGUGUGUUGAUAAGAGCAAGUUUCUAGCAGAUGAAGAUGGCGGCAAUGUCCAAGAUCUUGACAGCGUCUAUCUCUACGAAAUUACAGCUCGCCGGUAG